CGAUCGCCAGAGAUCAGUAGUUGAUUGCCAGCCACUGGGGACGCAGCUUCGCCAACGACUCGAGAAUCAAUCGAAGCGGAAAAUACGAAUAGAAAUAGAGAAGAGUGGGAAAAUCUGGAGGAAAAUGAGCCUGCUAAUCGCCAGCCUGCUCUUGGCCCUUUUGGGAGCCUCAGGGGCCCAGCAACUUGGCAGUAAUUCUAUUUCUAAAGCCAUCAUGCAUUUCGGCAACUGCAACUCGGCGGAAUUCGGCAGGGGAACCUGCAUCGAGAAGAAGGACUGCGACUUUUACGCCGUCGAUAAGCUAUCGGAUUUGGCCAGCAAACAGCAGUGCUUCUCCCGCCAGCGACCCGAUCUGGUGUGUUGUCCCCGCGAGACGAACAUCAUACCGCCCUUUGCCCCCCGAAUAGGCAAUGUGACCACCAGUCCCUCGCCGUCGAACAGGAGCACCACCCUGCUGAAGCUGCUAUCCAGCCGCCGCCCGUCGCCGCCCACGGGGAUCGAUGAGCUGCCCCAGCACCCGUACUGCGGAUCGGCCUUCGCCUUCCGCGUGUUCGGGGGCCACGAAACGGGCCUCUACGAGUUCCCCUGGACGGUGCUGCUGGAGUACGAGAUCCUGGCGGAUCGCACCAAGGACUACGCCUGCGGAGCCUCCUUCAUCGCCCAGCGAUGGCUCGUCACCGCGGCCCACUGCAUCGAGACGCAUGGCAGGCGGCUGACGGCCGCCAUUCUGGGGGAGUGGGACAGGGACACGGAUCCCGACUGCGUGACCUACGAGGGGGAGCGGGACUGUGCCCCGCCGCACACCAGAGUGACCUUCGAUCGCGUCCUGUCCCACGAGCGCUACUCGAACCGCACCUACGUGAAUGACAUAGCCUUGUUGAGACUUUCCCGCCCGGUGAACUGGCUGCAGGUGAAGAAUCUGGAGCCCGUCUGCCUGCCGCCGGCGAGGGGCAGGAACGCCAACCAGCUGGCCGGCUCGGCGGCCGACGUCUCCGGCUGGGGCAAGACCGAGUCGAGUGCCAGCAGCCGGGUGAAGCGGAAGGCCAUGCUGACCAUCCAGGCGCAGGAGCAGUGCCAGGAGGCCUUCGCCCAGGACUCGAGCAUCGUGCUCACCGAGGGCCAGAUGUGCGCCGGCGGCGAGAUCGGGGUCGAUUCCUGCGCCGGCGACUCCGGCGGACCGCUGACCGUGGAGGCCAACACGCCGGAGGGCAGUCGGCAUGUCUACCUCGCCGGGAUCGUCUCCAUUGGCAGGGAGCACUGCGGCCAGAAGCAAAUCUCGGGCAUCUACACCAGGGUCAGCGGCUACAUGGACUGGAUCGAGAGCACCAUUCGGGCGAAUCGCGUUUGAAGACGUUUCGUUUCAGCCUGUAACUCAGACCGAAAACCCUUGAAAAGCGAUUAAAGCGAUUUUUGAAAUACAUAAACUGUAUAUAUAAUAUUUAUUAUAUUUUUUUUUGCAUUGCAUUGCUUAGCCUAAUUAAACAAUAAAUGAUAAAAGCCUUAUAAUAGCUCUGAAAAA